AUGACCGAAUGCUUGGUGGCCAUCUCUAGCAGGAAUGAGACCCAGAGCAGGGACAGCAAGACAAGGCAGCUGGGCAAGUCAAGAUCUCUUUCCCGCAAUGCCAAGCUGCCCCUCAUAGCUCCAGAGGCGUCAAUGCUCAUCUUGAACCACCCUCCUCUCUCACUCCCUCUCUAUUCUGAGCCACCGAACUUCCUUCUGUGCCUCAAAUUCAGCAACUCUUCACAUGCUGCUCCCCCUGGCUCCUCGCUACAUCCUCCAGGUCUUAGCUGUGAUGUCCCCUCCUCCGGGAAGCCCUCCCUGAUCCUUGGGCUGUGCCAGAUGCCCCCUCUGCAUUAUCCCAGCCCAGGCCCUGCCCACUCUGAGUUGUCACACUCUGGGGACAGGGUGUUUCAGACUCCCUGGGGCUCUCCCAACCCAGCACAGUCUGUGCUUCCCGCCUGUCUGACUCCAGAGCCUUCAUUUAUGACCAGGAUCCACAUCACAGGCGUGAUCUCAGCGCAUUUAAUAUUUAUAGAUUGCUCGAGCCGGGGCGGCAUAGUCUGGCACACUGAAGCUGGGCGCCAGGACCCAUGGAGCCCAAUGACUUAUGGGGACACUGGACAGGAAUCCUGCUCUCAGGUUUCGCUGCAAGGUUUGCCUCCGCCUGGUGGGACAGAGGCAGGACCCUCAGGAAGGAAGCGGAAGGGAAAGGGCGGUGAAGGCUUCCCAUCUCCGGCAGACCAUAAUUGGGCGCCCCCAACACUCCUCUCCCUCCCUGAAUGCCUCCCCUCUCCCCUUCUAGCCUCUCUUUUGACUGCGUGGAUUCCUCCAGCUGCAGCCCAGCCCACGCUCACUGCCAACCCACUCGACACCAGCCAAGAACCACUGGCCAAGCCCACCAUCUCAGUCAGCCCAGCCACUGCCAUAGAGCACAGGGAAAUGGUGACCUUCUCCUGUGACACCAGGGACACCAAUGUUACCAUCCACUGGGUCUUCGAUGGCCUCCCCCUCACGUUCCACAAGCGCAUGCUGCUAUCCACGGACGGCAGGACCCUCAGCAUCCUCACCGUCCAGCGAGAGGACUCCGGGACUUACCAGUGUCAAGUUGAGGGUGCCCUUCAGAUACAGAGCAGCGAUUCUGCCUUCUUGGACGUGAACUAUGGUCCUGACCCCGUGCAGAUCAAGUUGGACCCUGGUGUGUCCAGCGGGGAGGCGGUUGAGGUGGUAGAAGGCUCCACCGUGACCUUCCAGGUGGAAACACAGUCUCACCCAAGCCCUGCCUAUACCUGGUUUCUUCCCAAUAACUCCAUCCUGUCUCACACCAUGGGAACAUUCACCAUCGAUUCCGUGUCCAGAGAAGACGAAGAAAUACUGACCGCACCCCAAGUCAUGGCUCCAAGCGUGAAUCUCGUGGAGAAUGCCAGCUCCGUGGCCCUCACCUGCCAGACCACCUAUGAGGGGGUUGGUGUCCGGUGGUUCCUGAGCGGCCAGCCCCUCCUGCCCAGCGAGCACCUGACACUGUCGGCCGACAACAGCAGCCUGUUCAUCCACGGCCUCCGGCGGGACGACACGGGGCCCUAUGUGUGUGAGGUCUGGAACUGGGGCAGCCGGGCACAGAGCGAUCCCCUCACGCUGACCAUCAACUAUGGCCCCGACCCAGUGAACAUCACCACGGCAUCGGCAUCUGGCAUGGUCAGCACCAUCGAGGCAGAGCUCAACUCCAGCCUGACCCUGCAGUGUUGGGCCGAGUCCUUGCCAGGCGCUGAGUAUGGCUGGACCCUGGAACACUCCACUACGGUGCAGCUAGGGGACCAGCUGAUCAUCGAGCCUCUGACCUGGGAACACCAGGGGACCUACAACUGCACAGCCUCCAACGCGGUGACUGGCCUGGCCCGUUCCGCCUCUGUCCAGGUCAAAGUGGUGGGUCCCCAGUCCUUCUCCCUGUCCGCAGCUGUUAUUGUCACCGGGAUCCUGGCUGUCACUGCCCUGGCCGCAGGACUGGGCUGUUUUCUCUGCGUUGGAAAUACCAAACGGUCCUCAAAAAGAAAACCAGAGGACCCCAUUCACAAGGUCACCCAAACCACCUCUGAAGAGGAGCAACCUACAAAGCCCAGUGCCAGUAAGUAACUCUGUAGCUGAUGCCUGGGGCAGGAGGGAGGGCCGAGAAGAGGCUGGCUCUGGGAGCCUAGGCUCCCCCUCCCAGCUUUGUCACCCGGUCCCUAUA